AUAUUCAAUGCCACUGAGUGCAUGGUAUACUUUUUUGUUGUUGAAGUAGACAGCCUCUGGAGGUUGAGGAACACACCCUGUUGUCUAGUUCUCUAACUGGGCAGCUCUGUUUGUGGGAGGCAGGAAAUAGUAUAUGUUUUGGGAGAUCAUUAUUGCACUAGUCAUAUUGAUUAUUCACCAGGUUGGGAGCUGCUGAGAGUCGCAGCAGUUCUUUUUCUUGAGAAAGAAACUCCUGUACAUAGUGAUCUGGAUUUUUUAUUUAUUUACCUAGUUAGAAGACCGACACUUUGGAAAACAAGAUGAGCUUUACGCGGAGAGGAUUUUACCGUCAUGAGAUCAAGAACACGGUGUGGGACGUUCCAGACAACUACGUGAACAUGACUCCCAUAGGAUCAGGAGCCUACGGCACUGUUUGCUCAGCGACUGACAAGCGAACAGGGACCAAGGUGGCAAUAAAGAAGCUGUACAGGCCGUUUCAGUCUGAGAUUUAUGCCAAGAGGGCUUACAGGGAGCUGAAACUUCUGAAACACAUGAAGCAUGAAAAUGUUAUUGGUCUUCUCGAUGUCUACACACCUGCCGUUACACUGGGAGGGUUUCGCAAUUUUUACCUCGUCAUGCCAUUUAUGGAUGCCGAUUUGGAAAAGAUUAUGGGGAAAUUGACGGAAGACAGAAUUCAGUUCCUCGUCUACCAGAUAUUAAAAGGUCUCAAGUAUAUUCAUUCAGCUGGAAUUAUCCACAGGGAUUUAAAACCAGGUAAUUUGGCUAUAACUAAAGACUGUGAGUUGAAGAUCAUCGACUUUGGUCUUGCCAGGCAGGCAGAUCUGGAGAUGACGGGGUAUGUGGUCACUCGAUGGUACCGUGCUCCUGAAGUCAUCCUGAAUUGGAUGAGGUACACUCAGACUGUGGAUGUUUGGUCUGUUGGUUGUAUUUUGGCUGAAAUGAUCACAGGCAAGAUACUCUUCAAAGGAAAAGACUACCUCGAUCAACUGGCACAGAUCAUGAAGGUAACAGGGACACCUGGGCCUGACUUUAUUCAGAAACUAGAUGGUCCGGAGGCUCGGCGCUACAUCAGAACUCAGCCAUACAUUAAGAAAAAAGACUUUUCUUUACUUUUUUCUAAUGCCAGCCCUUUAGCUGUGGACCUCCUGGAGAAAAUGUUGGUGUUAGAUUCAGACAACCGAUUGUCAGCAACUGAAGCUCUGAGUCAUCCUUACUUUGAGCCUUACAGAGAACCAGGGGAAGAGACUGAAUCUGAGCCCUUUGAUGAUUCUUUAGAUCAUCUGAAGCUGUCGGUUGAUCAAUGGAAAAGGCACACCUUUCAUGCAGUGAUGAGCUUUAUCCCUCUUUCAUGUUUAGAGGCAAGACUGAAGGAGUCUUCAUUCUAGCUCACUAACAGCACAAGCCAACCUUUGAGGUAAUAACAUUGGAAUACUGGAGAGAUGGGUAGUAUUCUUGAAAUUACUAAUACAUACAUGAAUGUGUAAAAUAGUUUUUAAAAAUAUAUUUUAUUAUCCCUACUUGAUAAAAUUAAGUUGUUACUCUAUACAUUGUUCUAUGUAAAUGCCAAACAUUGUACAAAUCUCUCUGUAUUGCUUGUUUUCAGUGUUGAGAAAUUAUUUCAACCAAAUGCUUCUGCUUCUAAUUAAAUUCCACUGACUAGAAUAUUAUUGAUGGCUUUGCAGUGACUUUCAAACUUUUAGCCUUUUAAAGCUGGAAGUGGCUGUUAGCAUUUCACAAAUGCUUGUUGCACAUACAAUGAUUCUGAACUGGUACUGUACUUGGAUGUUUAUAAGGUGAAAUAUUUGAGUAAUUUCCUUGUGCAAAAAUACUGCAACCUUUUGCAACAUUAUACCUUCCUAAAAUUGUUUACUAUAUAAAUGGAGAAGUAUUGCACACAGGAGCUACAGCAAAUCAGAGAGUCCGACUUGCACAUGUAAUGUAACAUACCACAAUAAAUUAGGUGCAAAAUUUAUGUGUCCUGUCCUACUUCAAGGACUCCAUUUGUUAUAUUUUUAGAUACUCAGCCAUUAUUUUAUUCUUGAAGAAAUGUUGUAGUUUUAUUGUAUUUUCCAUAAACAUUCAUUACUUAUUUUAAUGUUUUCCUGUGUGAUAAACAAAUCAUUGAAAUGUUCUGCAUGUUGCAAAACCAUAAUAUUCUGACUGGACUAUUGUAUUAAAAAUAGUUGUAUUGCA